AUGAUUUCCAAGUUCACCAUGAAGCUGUUUCUGGUGAUCCUCCAGAUGGUUACAAGUAAGUGGCUGUUUCUUUUUUUUUAAAAAAACCCACCCUUUUCUCUUCUUGCACAGAACCCAACAUAUCAGUCAUGGGAGGGGAAAUGAUAAGUGCUGGGUUGCCCAGAUGGGUUGGCGCUGAUGAGUUGGCAAAAGGCAGAAUAUUUAUUUAUUUAUUUUCUAGCCCAUCUUUUCCACCAAGGGGCUCAAGGUGGCUUGGUUCUCCUCCCCCUCCUCAUUUAAUCCCCACAGCGACCCUGUGAGGUAGAUUAGGCUGAGAAGCCGUGACUGCUGGCCCAGGGUCACCCAGUGAGCUUCAUGGCUGAGUGGGGAUCUGAACCCCCGUCUCUCCCAGGUCCUGGUCUGACACUCUAACCACUACACCACACUGGUUCUCAACCCUCUUUGGACCACAACUCUAGAUCAGUUUGCAUCAUCAGAUGGCUAACCUGGCUGGAAACGAUGGGAGUUUGGAGGGCGUCAGGUAGGGGAAUGGCAGCAUCUGGUCAGUUUCAUGCAAACUGGUCAUUGACUCUCAGUUUCAAUUUCUCUCAGGACAUCUCCCCCACCCCCCAUCAUGCAUUUUUGCACACAUUUCCCAUAUUUUUGGCACCAUAACAUUCAGCAGGUGGGUGAGGGCAAGCAGAGAUCAGGAGGUGGGGGGAGGGGCUAAGGACAGCGGAGAUUAGGAGGGUUGGAUGGUGAUGGUGGGUGUUCCCACUUUGCCCUCCCAAAAUGUUGGAGGGUAUGUAACAACUUGGAGAUCUAAAUAUUCUGCCUUUUGGCCUGGAAGUUCCACAAGAGCCUCAGAAGAGCCUGGUGGUUAAGGCCAGAGGUUUCUACCCUUUUUGAGUCCACGGUUCCCUUGACCACUACGUUUUUUUCUGUGGCACCCCUGUGGGGCUCAGGAGCCCGGUUAUGCCACCCUUUGCCUGCAGAACUGGCAGCCUCUCACCCUUUUUCGAACACCCUCCCUUGUGGAGUGUUCCCUCAGCCGCCUCUCCCCUCUCCUUGGGAGUCUUCUGAGCAGCCACUUCUGCCACCCCUGGUCUCUGAGUUGCCCCCCUCACCCUAAAGAGAGAUACCUCCUCAUACUGCCUCACAGGGGCCUGGGAAGAGAAUGCCCCCAGCCUUAGUGCCCUAACAGAGACUGGCCAAAGGUGAACAUGAGACCAGGACCUUACCUUGGGAGGCAGCAGUGGGCACUGCUAUGCCUGCAUGUUGGAAAGACUCCCCUUCAGCACUGGGCACUCAGCUCCCAGGUAGACCUUGCACACAACAAGGACAAGAUAGGCCAGCACACUGCCUGUCUGCCUGUCUGCCCAGCCUCCCACUUGUCCAUCCGGACUGGCUGGCUGAGCUCCCUCACCUGCUUGCUUGCUUACUCUGAGGAAGCCUCAGCUCCUGGCAACCAGCACCCCCUGGCCAGCCCCAGAGGCACCAUUCACCUGGGGAGCUUGUAGCCAGGGCUGCUGCAACAAACAGCUGUACAAGCCUUUGGAAGGCAAAGACACAAAAGGGCAUCAGAGGAGGGAGGAAAGGAAAGAGGGACAGAGGCCAGUGUUGCUCGUGGCACCCCUGACCAGCAUUUAAGGCACCCCAGGGUGCCACGGCCCACUGGUUUAGGCCAAUGGCUCAUCUAGUUCAGCAUCCUCUUCUCCCAGUGUUAUGUACUGAGUUGUCUGAGUAUAUUUCACCCAGUGUCCAAACAGAUGCCCCAAAGGGGAAUCUGCAAGCAGGACCAGAGCAGGAGCGGAGCCCUGUGAGAGGCCAAAAUUCAGCAUCCCUCUUGCCUUCUGUUCUGCUCAAUUCACUAUGUCAUAGUUGUGGCUCCCUCUGGGCUUGUGCUGCCUUAAAUCUCCCCUCCUCCCAUGAUCUCCUCAACCAGAAGCAUUGUGUAAACCCAUUCCUUCGAGUGUCUUCACCCCCAAAAGAAUGUAACCCCGAGCAUUUCUUUAUCCGUUUGGUAUUUGUGGCAGCUGACCCCCCUUUCCUUCAGCUCUGCGGAUGUCGUGUCCCUCCUUUGCAUGAGUGAGUCUGUUUAUGUGUGAUGUCCAACACUCGGAAAUGCUUGAGUGAACCAGCCAUUCAGCACGGAUCCUGCGAAGUCUACUUGCGUCAACAUUUACGGCGAACAUUGGUCCACUGCUAAUGGAUUAAAUGAUCUUCUGCUCCUACAGUUGUUAGGAGUCUGGAAACAGCAAUGACAAUUCCACGCUGUGAUCGUCUUCUACAAUAUUGCAUCCAUUUUGCACACAUUUUGUUCAAUGAGUGUAUGACACCUGCUUGCCUGUGCGUGCAAACUGUUGAGAUGUACACUCAUACAAUCAUGGAGAGGCAACUUUCCUGUUGAGCCACCCUCUGGUUUCUGAGAUUUCACCGGGCAGCCAGUGUGGUAUUGUGGUCAGAAUGUUGGCCUAGGACUUAGGAGAGUCCAGGGUUCAAAUCCCCACCCAGUUACGAAGCUCAUUGGUCAACCUUGGGCCAAUCAGUCUUUCUUAGCCUAAUCUACCUCACGGGGUUGUUGUGGAGAGAAAAUGAAAUGGGAGGAGGAAGGAAUCUCAUUUGUCGCCACCUUGAGCUCCAUGGAGGAAAGAUGGGAUGGAAAUCUAAUAAACAAAUGGCACUGGCCCAUUAAAUCGGCCCGGCCCUAGCAUUGGGCAAAGUGGGCUGCCUGCCUCAGGUAGCAGAUGCUGGGGGAAGUGGGGGGGCAGUAGUGGUAGAUCCCUGACUGUUUUCUUCUGUAUGUACUGAAGUGUAGGUGGGUUUCCAUGGGGCAAGGCACGGUGAUAACAGCAAGAACCUUUAUUGAACUACAUAACUGGGAAACAGAGGCAAAGCAACUGCUUAUACAGUGGUACCUUGGGUUACAGACGCUUCAGGUUACAGACGCUUCAGGUUACAGACUCGGCUAACCUAGAAAUAGUACCUCAGGUUAAGAACUUUGCUUCAGAAUGAGAACAGAAAUUGCACUGCCGUAGUGCGGUGGCAGCAGGAGGCCCCAUUAACUAAAGUGGUACCUCAGGUUAAGAACAGUUUCUGGUUAAGAACGGACCUCUGGAAUGAAUUAAGUUCUUAACCCGAGGUACCACUGUACAGUCAUACCUCGGGAUGAAUACACUUCAGCUUAAAUAUUUUUGGGUUGCGCUCCACGGCGACCCGGAAGUAACGGAGCGCGUUACUUCUGGGUUUCACCGCUUGCGCAUGCGCAGACACUCAAAACGCGCAUGUGUGGAAGCGGCGAAACGCGACCCGUAUGUUAGGAUAUUUCCGUUCCACCUUAAAAGGGAGCAGGAUGUUUGUGUCACAGCCUGCGUAUUUCCUGUUCACAGGAUGUUUCUGUUGUGUCUAUGCUUUCGUUUCUCUCUCUGUGUCUGAGACACUGAAGCUGGCAGUCAUGUUUUCUUUGUUCUGACCAAUGCUGAAUAAACUUGUAAAUAAUGCUCUCCUGCGUGCAUCUUUCGCUGUGUGCAUUAUCUGCUGAUAGAGCGUGCAUCAGCUCUGGAAUGUGGCAAGCUAUUUCUGGAGUUCGUGUCACUAAUUGCUGAUACUGCGUGUCUAUGGGAGAUCGAUGGACGUCCGGAGACGACGUGGAGUCAUGAUGGAUUUUGUCUCCCUGGCAGUAUCCCAACACUGCACACAUGCAGUUGCGUCUUACGUUCGCUUCAGGAUGCGAACAGGGCUCCAGAACGGAUCCCGUUCGCAUCCAGAGGUAGCACUGUAUACAUUUCUGAAAGCCUGGGCCACUCCCACUCCCCAAAGGAUUGGCUGUCUAAACUUCCAAACUGCGAAUCAUGACUCAGAGUUCAAGGGUCAAUGGCAGAGGCCCAAAUCCUGAAAUGUUCUGUGAUUAGACAACAUGUAUCGAAUCAGAACACAGGAGCUCAGAAUCCUUAGUCCAGACUCAAGCUCAGGCAAACACAGACCAAUGAAUACAUAACAUGUAUCCCGUGGCCAGCUAAACUAGGAGGCUGCCCUCAGAUGCCACGAAGAGUGUGGACCACUCGCUGGGCUUGCCGUGGAAUUCAGCUGCCUGUCUGGUCAAGGUCUGUAGGUGGAAAAGGAAGAUCCCCCAUUUUGCCCUGCCCUGCAGGAAGCAAAAUGCAGUUACAUUUUAAAAUCAUAGAAUUGCACUGUUGAAAGGGAUCUCUAAGGGUCCUUUAGUCCAACCCGCUGCAUUGCAGGAAUUGUAUGCUAAAGAAUCCCAGGCAGAUGGCCAUCCAACCUCUGUUUGAAAAGCUCCAGUGAUGGAGCGUGCACCACCUUCUGACAGAGUCCAAAUGUUGCUGAUGAUCACCAAAAACGGUCACACUUGGGCCAUGCAUUGGAACCCCCCCCCCCGCUUUAGAAGGUGCUCAGAUGUUGACAGCUGGACUCAUACUUCUGGUAUUCUUUACGGUCCAGACUCCCAACAACUCCUGGACCAGAUCUCAUGUUUGGAGAGCGAUUAAUCAAAGCUGCAGGGAAACUUUUGCUCCAGGCCCAGGACUUUUAAAUAGUUUGCAGAAGGUUGAUUUAACUCCUGCAGGUUUUGUUGGGAUCUAGGAUCCUCCCCCUGUCCCUGAAUCCUCCCCAAGAGCAAACAUUUCAGAUACAAACAAUAGUAAAUUUGGGUAAGCUGCUGUUGGGCCUCAAAAGGACGGGGGUUUUAUUUUGCAGAGCUUUAGGCCUUCCCAAAUAUUUGCCAUCUAUUUCUAACUUUGGCGAAGAGUAGUCAACAAGGCAGUUGAAAUGUGGGCCAUAAUUCAGAGCUGAUGUGGAAAAAAUGCCUUGCCUGUAAGCGAACAAUAGCUCAUGGGAUGUCAACUUUGGGAAUUUUUUCAGGUCCUCUCCCCCCUCCCUGUCCCAAUGUGAUGAUCUUUCUUGCACGUAGACCUGGUCUCGAAUCCUCAGGAUGACUCUGGCCCAGUAGAGCAAACCUCUAGCUCCUUGCUGCCUGUCCGGGGGCAUCUAAUGGACUGCAGUUGGUCAUCGUUUGAGCAAGCUAGGUUAGAAUCAUAGGAUCAUAGAACUGUAGAGCUGGAAAGGGAGCCCAGGGGUCAUCUAGUCCACCCCCCCCCACAAUGCAGAAAUCACUCCUCAAGAAUCCAGUGAAUCAUAGACUCAAAGAAUUGUCGAGUCCAACGCCCUGCAAUGCAGGAAUCAUGGCACAGUCCAACUGGGGACGGUGAGUCCCACCUGCAAAUCCCAGGUCCUAAUCUGACACUCUAACCACUACACAACACAGCCCUUGUGACAGAAUAGACUUUGGUUUUAAUUGCCUGUGACGACACCUCCUAGAUCAAAACUGACAUUUCUGAAGGGCGGAACACAAGUCCCUUGAGAGUGGUGUAGUGGUUGUUUUUUUUUUUAAGAAUAAUUUUUUAUUAGCCGACCAAUCACAUUAAAUCAAACCAAAUUACAUAAAUUCCAAAUUACACAGCCUAAUUUUAAAUUUUUGUUGGGGGUACCCAUAUUUCAAGUUCCGAAGGGAUCCAAUCAACUUCUUGCUUCUUACUGCUGUUUUAAUGUCCACAAAUCUAACCUUAUGAUGUUCACAGUAUUAUCCAGUCCUUUCUUAUUUAUUUUUCCACAUCUCUUGUUGUUAUUUUCAUAUAUUUUUCCUUUCUCUUUGUGACCUCUGAUAGUCUCCGCAAGCUGGUUAGAACAGUGAGAGUGGUGUAGUGGUUAAGGUAUAGGACCAGGAUGUGGAAGAUCUGGGUUCAAAUCCCCCACUCGGCCAUGAAGCUCAUUGAGUGUGACGUUGGGAGUCAAUCACUGCUGCUCAGCCUAACCUGUCUCGCAGGGUUGUUGUGAGCACAAUAUGAGAGGGGGGAGAGCCAUGUAUGCAACCUGGAGCUCCUUGGAGGAAAGGUGGGCUAUCAUGGCAUAAAUAAACAUAAACAAACAAGCAAAAUGACUGUGAAGACCCCAUGGCUAGUGGACAUCAUCAUUUUGAAUAGGGCCAGCCUGCUCUCCCAGGGGUCAGUCUUCCUGACUCCUGGUACUCCCUCCUAGGGACAUUCCCUGUACUUGCAAGACUGGCACUCUUUAUAUGCUCAGGGAAAACAUGUCAAUAUUACUGUCUAAGGAUGAAGAAGUGGGAUAUAAUAUUUCUGGUGUUUUGUCUCAAAUUCCCCUUUGACAGAGGCUUUUCUGGCUGACUCUCACCCAGAUCAUGGUGGCUGUUCUUCCGGAAUGUUCCCAUGCGAAAACAUGACCGUUUGCUUACCUCAACUUCUCCAUUGCAAUGGGGUGAUCAACUGUGACGACGGAGCCGACGAAGAGAACUGUGGUAAUUUCUUCUUAGACUCUGUGAGGCUUUCCCCUCUCAAGAGGUGGCCAAAGAAAGCAUUCUAACCUUUGGCGGCUCAGGGAGCCUUCAGAGAUUCCUAGAAUCACAGGAUCAUAGAGUUGGAAGGGAUCCUCAAGUCAUCGAAUUCAACCCCCUGUAGUGCAGGAAUCACAGGCCGAGAAUCUCUGAUGGACAGUCAUCCAACCUCUGCUUAUAAACCUCCAAUCAAAGAAUUGUAGCAUUAUGAAGAUAAAGCUCAGCUAUGAGAUUCAGGUUUUUGGUGGCCCCAGAGUUCAGGUCUCCUGAAGUCCAAAGUUGGUGGCAACUGUUAAGGAGAAACUUUAGGGUAACCUUUGGUUUCCACUUCUCAAGUUGGGAAUGCAGGUGUAUGUAUGGGAAGAAGGGAGCUUGGUGGUCUUGGUACAUGGGCCAAGGCUCCCUGACAAAGAGAGCCAGUGUGGUGUAGUGGUUAGAGCACCAGACUAAGACCUGGGAGAGACCAGGGUUCAAAUCACCACUUCGCCAUGCAGCUCACUGGAUGACCCUGGAGGCCAGUCACUGCCUCUCAGCUUAACCCACCUCACAGGGAUGUUAUUGUAAGGCUAAAAUGGGGAGGGGAAGUACAUAGGUCACCUUGAGCUCCCUGGAAGAAAAUUGGGCUCUAUAACUAACUAACUAACUAACUAACUAACUAUGCUAAGUACUGAGGGAGAGGAUGAAGCUCAGAUGCCUGAACUUCCAUCCAUAACAGAAUCUAAAUCCCUCCUUGCAGUGAAUGAUGUUGGGUGGCCCAAGAUUUUCAAUGAACUUCUCAGCAACAACGGCAGCAGCAGCAGCAGGACGAGUGAUGGAUCGAGAGUGGCCAACUGCAGUGAGUAUAUUUUUGUGUGCGGCCACAUUCACACCAUCCACAGCACGGGGAUGGGCUAGAUGACCCUUGGGGGAGUCCCUGCAAUUCUGUGAUUCUGUGAUUGUUUCCAUCCAUAGCCGUCUUCAUCCUACCAUCCCUUUUCCUGCCUAAUCUGCCUUCCCCACCAUCCUGUUCCUUGUGCAAAAUCAUUAUGAUUCCAUUUCUGGACUCUUAGCUGGCCUUCCGCUCUGUUCCCUUAGCCCUAGAUCAGUACCCAGCCGGAUGUGGGUGUUUGGGGACCGCCGUAAACUGUCAGGAUCGGGGCCUGCGUGCCGUACCACAGGUCUCACCCAGCGUGACGGAGCUGUGAGUAAUGGCGGGUUAGAUGUCCCUGCCAUCCUAGUCUUUGGGCAGCUGGCACAGGGGUGGAGGAGGAACGCCAUGGGGGUGGGGUGGUGGCUUCAUUCAACAACAAGGAGCUAAGGCUACGCAGACCAAAGCCACUCUCCGCACCCCAAGGCAGGUGGAAAUAUGUGGGGCAGAGGAAAUGGCACUCCUGCAUUGCAAAUGGUUGCACUAGACCAGCCUUGGGGUCCCUUCCAAGAUUCUAUGAUUCUGUACACAGGUGUGAUGCUGGCACCUGCCAGGUGGGCUCACAAGUGGGGUGGUGAUUUUAAAUUCAGGCAUAGAGCAAUGGGGUUAAACUGCAGGGAGAAGGGUUGAUACCGCGAGGUGGGAGAAUUACAGAGUUGUAGAGUUGGAAGGGGCCACAAGAGUCAUCUAGUCCAACCCCUUGCAAUAAUGCAGGAAUCACGGCUAACUUCCUAUCUUUUCAAAAGAGCAGUUGAGAAUCUGUCCAGCAGCCAUUUAACCAUUGAAAUUAGUGGGGCUGGAAAGUGCUCAACUUUGACUGGAUUUUGCCCUGAGGUUUCUGUCUGUCGUUUUGCUAAUUUCAACAGUAUUUUUAACUGGGAGUGUUAGGAAAAGGUAAUUUAAAAAUAUAUAAAUUUGAAUUUUUUUGCAGUCACAUCUGAUUUUUGUCCAAUGAUUCAUUCCUCCCCCCCCCACCCCAUCCACCAAUGGCACUCCAGCCCUCCAUUCUGGGUCGCUCAGUUGUUAGGGAUGACUCUGGGCAUUCAGCAAAAUCUCCCGAUUAUGCUGUCUCUAGGUCUGCACCUAAAGUGUGAAUGCAUCCAACAGGUGUUUAUAGACACCUGUUUCAUACAGGUGCCCUCAUCAGAGGGCCAGGAUUGACCGUGCCUCUGUGGUGCACAUACAUUCAUUUGCAAACCGGGUUUGUUGCUGUGUAAUGUGUGAAACCGGCUUCGCAGCUGCUGGAGUCACUUUUUGUUCUACUUUUCCUAGAGAUCUGAAGAAUAAUGAGAUCGUUUCCCUGCUGGACUAUCAGUUCAUUGCCUAUGAGCAACUGGAGUUACUGUAAGUAUGAUACCCAAUCCCUGCAUUUCUGCAACUUGCAGGGGGUUGGACUAGAUGACCCUCGGGACCCUUCCAACUGUGCAGUUCGACGGUUGUAUGAACUGCACGGCCUAUGCAGGGGAUUUGAUACCAGCCUUUAAAAAACUGCAUUUUAGAAGCCUCUGUUUUCAUAGUGUUCUUUUAAAAAUAAAAAAUAAAAAAAUCAAAUGUCUCCAGCCUGGAAUCAAAUGUUCCUGAGCCAAUGUGAAACCCUCAGGUGUAAAAUGCAACUAAUCCAACAAUGAAUGCUGGUCUUUGUGAUCAUUGCAUUGCAGGGGGUUGGACUGCAAGACUCUUGGGGUGGCUUCCGAUGCCACAAUUCUACGAUUCCAUGAUUGAUUUCCUAGGUUCUGGUGGGAGGGGGCAGGAAUACCAUGGAUACAAUAUUAAUCCUGAGGAUAUCUCUCUUUUGUAUAAUUUUCUUUCCAAACAGCUUCUUACAAGAUAACAGGAUCCAGUCAAUAUCCGCCUCUGCAUUUGCUGGACUUGUGAAGCUCAAGAAGCUGUGAGUGAUGAGCUUUGAUUUUGCUGCAUGGGAUCAGGCAGGUCAUGCAAGAAGGAAAGAAAGACUUCUGCGGGGGGUGGGGGUGGGGAGAUCACCUUGCCAGCCCCAGCUUUACUCAUUCCAGUAGGUUAACAGGGUGUGAGGGACUGGCUGGAUACUGAGGAGUGGUGUCUGGAAGAAGUGGCAUUGGGGACUGAUGUGGAAGACUGAAUCAGUGAUCUGGGGGAUCCAGUAACAGCCAGGAGACAAGAGGCAGAGGCAGGAGAAGCUGCAGGUUUGGAGAGGGAAGAACAGGUGCAGGAGGACAGAGAGAGAGAUGAUUCUCGAUGAUUCAAUAAUAAUAAUAAUAAUAAUAAUAAUAAUAAUAAAUAAAUAAAUAAAAAUAAUAAAAAUAAUUUAUUAUUUAUACCCUGCCCAUCUGGCUGAGUUUCCCCAGCCACUCUGGGCGGCUCCCAAGGUAAAGCUAAAGGGACCCCUGACCAUUAGAUCCAGUCGUGGCUGACUCUGGGGUUGCGGUGCUCAUCUCGCUUUAUUGGCCGAGGGAGCUGGCAUACAGCUUCUGGGUCAUGGGGCCAGCAUGACUAAGCCGCAUCUGGUGAACCAGAGCAGCGCAUGGAAACGCCAUUUACCUUCCCGCCGGAGCGGUACCUAUUUAUCUACUUGCACUUUGACGUGCUUUUGAACUGCUAGGUUGGCAGGAGCUGGGACCGAGCAAUGGGAGCUCACCCCGUCGCGGGGAUUCGAACUGCCGACCUUCUGAUCGGCAAGCCCUAGGCUCUGUGGUUUAACCCACAGCGCCACCCACGUCCCAGGGCGGCUCCCAAUCGAGUGUUAAAAACAAUACAGCAUUAAAUAUUUAAAACUUACCUAAACAGGGCUGCCUAUGACUUUGUAUUGUCUAUGGAUGGCUUGGAGGUAGGAGGCUCUACACAUGCUUUGUCUGGGGCAAAGAAAGCUUUGCCUUCGUGUGGCCCCUUCCUUGCUGGAUGCAGAGCUCUGCUUCUUUACCCCUCACCCCACUGGGAGCCCAGCCCCACACCUCAGUGGACCCUGCCCCUUUCCCCACCUGCUCCUCCCACCAGGCUCCUUCCAGGUACCAGGUGUAGUUGUUUUCCAGAUUUCUAGGUAGAAUUAAUGACCCCCCCCCCAGAUCAGGCAUAGACCUGUAAAACCAGAAUGCCGGAAAGAGACCUCCAUUGCCUAUUCCCCAUAGGCAGUAGGAAGCCUGAACCUUGGCUGUAUUAUCCAGAACAAACCCAACCCUUCUCUUGUCAUUCCAGGUAUCUCAAUUCCAACAACAUCACUCAUCUGAAGCCUCGCAUCUUCCACAACUUGCUUCGUCUCAAAUGGCUGUAAGUACAUAGAAUCAUAGAACUGUGGAGUUGGAAGGGACCACAAGAGUCAUCUAGUCCAACCCCCCGCCAUGCAGGAAUCUUUUGCCCCAUGUGGGGUUCAAACCCUCGACCCUGAGAUUAAAUAUCUCAUGCUGGAUCGAGCUAUAUCAGUAAGCUCACUGAUACCAUGAUCUCCAUUUCGCCCCACCCUAGAAUCCUGGAGAACAACAGCAUAACUGAAAUCCUCGCAACUGCUUUUGAGGGGCUGAAAUCGCUUCUAUUUCUGUAAGUAUGGAGUUUAUGGGGUGGGGAAGGGGGUACUGGAGUCUUGCUUGCACAUCCUCUGCUCCAGAUUCUGUCCUGGGAAUGAUGUCAUGCUUAAAUGAAAUCUGCAUGUGUUUUCAGUCGGGGGCACUCACAGUCUUUAAUUCACAGCAAGCAAAUACAGGCAGACUAUUAAGUUACACUUGGACUAUAGAGCCAUAGAACUGUGGUGCUGGAAGCUGGGCUUUGGCUGGGCUUCCUCCUCCAACCCCCUUACAGUGAAUCCCUGACAGGUGGCCAUCUGGACCUACACUGGCUCCCAGUAUGUGUCCAAGCACAAUUCAAAGUGUUGGUGCUGACCUUUGAAGCCCUAAACGGCCUCGGUCCAGUAUACCUGAAGGAGCGUCUCCACCCCCAUUGUUCUGCCCGGACACUGAGGUCCAGUGCUGAGGGCCUUCUGGUGGUUCCCUCACUGCGAGAAGCCAAAUUACAGGGAACCAGGCAGAGGGCCUUCUCGGUUGUGGCACCCGCCCUGUGGAACGCCCUCCCACCAGAUGUCAAAGAGAACAACUACCAGACUUUUAGAAGACAUCUGAAGGCAGCCCUGUUUGGGGAAGCUUUUAAUGUUUAAUAGGUUAUUGUAUUUUAAUAUUCUGUUGGAAGCCGCCCAGAGUGGCUGGGGAAACCCAGCCAGAUGGGCGGAGUAUAAAUAAAUUAUAUUAUUAUUAUUAUUAUUAUUAAUUAUUAUUAUUAUGCCUUGGUUUAAAAGCCUCCAUAGAAGGAGAGCUCACCGCCCCCUGAAAGAGUCUGUUUUGCUGCUGAACACCCCAUCACCAACCCUAACCCUAGCUGCAUUACGGCAUUGGCAAUUCUGUUUUCAGUUCCUCUCCUUAUGAUUCCCUGGCAUGGACUUCUUUUCAUUUUCUUGGGUGCACAAUGUCCAUCACCAUUGAUCCCUUUGUCCUUCCAUUCCAGGGACCUGCACAACAACCUCCUGAGAGGCCUCCCCAACACAUCGAUCUGUUCAGAAAUGCCGAAGCUGAACUGGCUGUGAGUUCCUCCUGCCUUUGAAUUUGGGGAACAGAGAGACCGGGAGGGGCCCAUCUGACUUGGGCGAGGUUCAGCCAUCCUCUGCGUUCAGCUCUGCUUUAGCUAGAGGGUGGGUGAGAUUGGAGAAGGGGGCAGCAGGGCUCUGUUUAAGGAGAGACAGCAGGCAGAGGGACGUGCUGCUGUUGUCUGCCUGCACCCACGUAGAGGAGGGUCACCUGUCUCAGCCUCCUUUUUGAAGACUGUGGAGGGUUUGGCUGGUUGUGUAUGGAGGGGUCAGGCCUUGGCACCCCGGCUGGGUGCAGAGAAGGACUGGGCUAGGCAACAUCAAAUAGAAAGCCUUGAGAUUGUUCAAGUCCUUUUACAAAGGCAAGGCUGGCUUUCUGGUGGUGGCCCCAUCUACAUUAUAUAUUUAAAGCACUCUGAUACUGCUUCGGUCAUGGAUUCCCUCAAAGAAUCCUGGGAAGUGUAGUUUGUUAAUGUUGCUGAGAGUCACUAAGAGAUCCCUCUUCCCCUCAUGGAGCUACAAUUCCCAGAAGGUGAGAGGGAUCGAUGUUUUUCCUGCAUUGCCGGGGGUUGGACUACAUCAGUUCUAUGAUUCUACGAUGGAUAAAUCACCUGCAGCUCUCUGAGGGGUCUCCUAAUGCCCUUAACAAACUACAGUUCCCAGGAUUUAAAAAAAUUCAUUGCUUGCUUUCUCCACCACCCAGGGAUCUUGAGGGGAACCAACUUCACACUCUGCAAAGUUCCAGCUUCCGAGGAUGCAAUGAAGUCACUGUUCUGUGAGUGUAACUGUCUUCCUUCCUUCCCCUCGUAUUUCUCUUUGUUUUUCAUGCACACAGCCUUAGCCGCACAAAUCGCAAUCUGUUGGGAUCCCAAACGAUUAGAAUAAUAGAAUCAAGGAAUGGUAGAGCUGGAAGGGGUCACGUAAUUCAGUCAUACCCUCCGGAAUUUCUUUGAUGAGAAUAAAGGUAAAGGGACCCCUGACCAUUAGGUUCAGUCGUGACCGACUCUGGGGUUGCGGCAGUCAUCUGGCUUUAUUGGCUGAGGGAGCCGGCGUGCAGCUUCCGGGUCAUGUGGCCUGCAUGACUAAGCUGCUUCUGGCGAACCAGAGCAGCGCACAGAAAGGCCGUUUACCUUCCCACCGGAGCGGUACCUAUUCAUCUACUUGCACUUUGAUGUGCUUUUGAACUGCUAGGUUGGCAGGAGCAGGGACCGAGCAACGGGAGCUCACUCCGUCGUGGGGAUUCGAACUGACGACCUUCUGAUCAGCAAGUCCUAGGCUCUGUGGUUUAACCCACAGCGCCACCCGCAUCCUUGAUGAGAAUAGAGGCACCCUAAAGAAAAGUGGGACAUUCUGGGAUCAAAUCAGAAACCGGGACGGCUUCUGUAAAUCUGGGACUGCCCCUGGAAAAUAUGGACACUUGGAGGGUCUGCUACCUGAGCCUCCCGUGACAGAGUUGGAUACAGAAGCACCCCCAAACUGCAAGCCUGCUCCUUCAGGGAUAGUGCCACUGAAUUCAGGGCAGGCAACUUAGCAAUUUCUCAGACAUGGGAACAACCCACUCACAUCUUGCCAGGAUUCAAGCUCAGCUCGUUUUUCCUCAUCCAUGACGAAGCCAAGAGUUUCUUCUGCAGAACGUGCAGGGCUGACCCACAUUCCACUUUUCUGAAGUGUGACGGUUUUGUUGCCUCCCUUGGAGAGGAUUCAAUCCACUUGCCUUGCAUUGUGUAUAUCAUCCUUGUUGUUAAGUUGUGGGCGAACAUAUCAGACGACACAGCGAUUCUUCCAAAGCAGCUCUUUAUUUGUAAGCUGGAACAGAACUAACUGAGGAGCUCAGUCAGCCUGCUUACGGUAUAUAGAGCUCCAGAACAAUGUAACUGUUGCCAUUUUCUAAAACUAUCCAAUCACUGAACGUCACUUUCGAUCCUUCAUUUGCAUAACUAUCUACAGUAUCCCCCUGCUGGCCCAGGGUGAGAACUUCAGUACAUAACACUUGUACACAAGACAAAUUCCCCGCAAGACGGGGGAACGAAAGGCAGCCUUGGAAUGUCCAGUUCCACAUGUCCAGCUCUCAAGAGUCAAAAGAGACACAGCUCUUGACUUGCUUCUAUGGAUAUUCAAGGAGGGUGAGCCAGCCUUAGCAAGUUGUUGGCCACACUUGAACCUGUCACUUUUUGUUCCAUGCAGAGAAUGGGAAAUCCAUGUAGGCAGGGACAGGAUUAGGCCUUCUGGCUCUGAAUCUGAGCUCUGUCCACUUCCAUGUGGGAUAUCAGCAAGAUGAGGAGGGCGAUUGAGGGGAUCAGGGGUGUGGGAACCAAGCCUUAUAAGGAAUGGUUGAUGGAAUUGCACAAGUUUAGCUUGGAGAAGAGUUGAUGGAGAGGUGACAUGAGAGCCACCUUCAAAUACCAAAAAAGGCUGUCACAUGGAAGAUGGAGCAAGCCUGUGUUUUCCAGCUGCAGAGUGUAGGACCCAAACUGACAGAUUAAUACAGUGGUUCUCAAACUUUUUGUUUCAUGGGCCACACUUUCAGAAUAAAAAAUUGCUCAUGCCCCACCAAUAUUUUUUUUAUUGACAAGAAGUACAUUGGAAAACAAAAAUAGAACACAUAUAAUAUGAUCGUGGGACAUCCAGGAAGUAUAAAACAAUGCAGCUACAUAAGAACAUGAAUCAUUCCCAAAAUAUAAUAUUGAUUGUCCUUGAAUCUUCCUGCCACACUUACCAUCCUCUCCUGCCACACCAGUAUGGUGCACCACAUCCUUUGAGAACCACUGGAUUAACAGAAUCAUAGAACUGUAGAGUUGGAAGGCACCCCCAGGGUCAACCCCCUGCAAUGCGGGAAUCGUGGCUAAAGAAUCUCUGAUGGGUGGCCAUUCAACCUCUGUUUAAAACCCUCCAAGGAAGGAGAGUCUACCACCUUCAGAGGGAAUCUGUCCCACUGUCAAGCAGCUCUUACUGUCAGAGAGUCCUUUCUAAGGCUUAAUCGGACUCUCCUUUCUUGUCAUUUGAAUCCAUUGACUCGGCACCUCCUCUCUGGAGCAGCAGAAAACAAGCUGGCUCCAGAUCUCUUAUAAAGCACCGUCCGUCCCCCCCGCCGCCUCAGGUGAGGGUUUCAGCAAGAGCUCCCCAAGGAAUAAUUGGGCUCAUGGAACCCAGAGUCUCUGCGCCAUCAGCCUUCCCAUCAGCGUGACGUCUCCAUCAUCUGUGGCUUUGCCCAGGAAUGUGAUCCCCAAGACCUUCCCAUGUCAACAUCACAGAAAGAUAAACACAGGGAAGAUGGGAGGCAUAAACACCCCCUGCCAUUGACCCUGCCACAGUGACAGUUUUAUAGGGGAGAUGAAGCAGACGAAGACCUUCUGUGUGAACCAGGGAAUGAUGUAGCUCUUGCCCCCUCCAUCUCCUCAUUGUCUUCACUGCUGAAGGCUAAAUCCCAAAGGAGCCAGGAUGCAAGAGAGAGGCUUUCCUCCCUGUGAGAGGCUCCUCUGAGCCACACAUAAGAAGAGCUCUGCUGGGUCAGGCAAGUGGCCCAACUUACCCAACAUCCUGUUCUCAAGGUAGCCAACAUUCUAGGAAUCCAGAUAGACUGCCUCUGGGUCUGGAGGUUCCAUGCAAGCACCAGAAGAGCCCUGACGGAUCAGGUCAAUGGACCAUCUAGCCCAGUAUCCUUUUCUCUCACAGAGACCAGCCAAAUGACCCAAUGGGGAUACCCCAAGAUCACUCUUUGCCUCACAUGGCUGUUGUGGGGAUUAAAUGAGGAAGGCAAGAACCAUGUGCGCCAGUUGUCCUUGUGAGGGUGGUGAGACUGAGGGAGGCAAUGUGGUGUAGUGGUUAGAAUGUUGGGCUAGGACAACUCCACUUGGCCACUGCAUCGCAGCCUAGCCUACCUCACAGGGUUGUUGUGGGGGUUAACUGAGGAGAAGGAGAGAACAACACUUUGAGCGACUUGAAGGAAAGAUGGUAUGUAAAUGGGAAUGAAUGGAUUAUAUUAUAAAAUAAAGAAAGGGAGGAGAAUAACACAUGAUGAACCUAUGCUCAUCUUUGCUUGCCUUUGUCUUCCAGAGUGCUGAACAGGAAUAAGAUUGAGCGGAUCCAGGCAGGGACUUUUUCCAACCUCAACAGCCUGGUGGAACUGUAAGUGUAUCCAGCAAGCCUUCAUGUUAACUGGUCAGGCCUGCCUGGCCAGGAUGGUUUGUUGCUGAAGGGAGAAAAUCCAAGUGGUGCCUCCCACUGACACCUGCUCCACGUUACCUAACCUGAAAAGGUUGAUUUGGAUUCAUUUAUUUUGACAUUUCUACAUUGCUCUCUCUCUGCUGCCCACUUACAUCUUCUGGCUGAGAGUUGUUAGGAGAUUCCCUAGUCCCAUCGCAGAAUUACAGUUCCCAGAGUUCCCUGGGAAGAGAGGCAGGGCAGUGUAGUGCUUAGAGUGUCAGACUAGGACCUGGGAGGUCAGGGUUCAAAUGCCUGCUUGGCCAUGAAGCUCAUGGGGUGUGACUUUGUGGGCUGGUUUUUGCUGAUAUUCACCUGACCUACGCAAGGUUUUUGUGGAGAUUAAAUGAUGUGCAGGACAACCAAGGCCACCACCCUGAGCUCCUUGGAGAGAAAAAGCUGGGAUAGAAAUGCAAUCCAACCAUGGGGUUGCUAAACCUCUCUAGAAGGGGAAUGGGAUGUGACUCUUUACAACUCCCAGCACCCUUAACAAACUACAACUCCCAGAAUUCUUUGGGGGAAGCCAUAACUGUUUAAAGUGGUAUCGCAGCGCUUUAAAUGGAUGGUGUAUACAUGGCCUUUGUCUCCAGCCCUGCUGCUCUCAAUGACCUUUUAUAUCUGAGUGGGGAACCUGCUCUUCCUGCAACGGUCAGCCUCUACUGAGCUGCUUUUUCCAAAACCGAAAUGACGGCAACCAAAGUCUCCAUCCUUUCAAAUCCGGAACCUCCAGGCCUUUCCACUUCUCAGGAAAUAAAGUACUGAAUGCAACAGACCUUACCUCCAAGAUGCAUGCUGCUUACCAUGGAGAUAAAAUAUUGGUUUCCCUGGAGCCACCACCAAGAAGCCCCAGUAUGACUGGCCCCAGGUCAUCCAGUGAGCUUCAUGUCUGAGUGGGGAUUUGAACUUGGAUCUCCCUAGCAGUAGCCCAGCUAGCUCUCUAACCACUACACCAUACUGACCUAUAUAUUAGUAUCAGGUGCAGCAGUAAAAAAUGUGGUACGCUGACCGGCUUUCCAUGAAUCAGCUCUUCUCAAACUUUCCUUUCUUCUCUUCCAACAGUGACUUGUCCUCCAACAGGCUGAAGGAUCUUCUGCCGUCAUCUUUCAAGGGUCUGCAUGAAUUGCAGCAGCUGUAUGUAUCUUGAAGAUUUUUAAGUAGAGGUUGGGGAGCUGCUCCCAGGGAUCCUUUAGCUGCGAUUCCUGCAUUGCAACAGGUUGGACUAGAUGACCCUUGGGGUCCUUUCCAGCUCUGCAGCGUGAUGCUUCUAUAGGGAAACAAUGUAAAAAAACAAAGGUUUUGAUGACGGACAGGGCAGUAGCAUCACAGAACAGUAGAGCUGGAAGGGUCAUCUAGCUGAACUCCUUGGAAUAUAGGAAUCACAGCUCGAUUGACUGUAAUAAAACCUCAAAGCAGUUUGCAAAACCAUCUGUCUGUAAGGCAUCAGAUUCUUAAUGUUACUGCCUUCGAAUUCAUUAGCAAGAGUAACUUAAAGGUGCACAGAAACGAAAUGUCAAAGUUUUCAAAAUAUCAAAUGCAAAUUCUGAAAUUUGUGUUUUUAGAAAUUAUGUUUAUUAAGCAGAUGAUAACUGAGAUUCCUUUCAAAGGCAUCACCCACCAACCUAUGCCUUUCCCCUCCUUGCAGGAAUAUUUCGAAUAACCCUCUGCGCCAGAUCUAUCCAGAUGAAUUUGACGAUGUCCCUCUCCUGCGCUCUCUGUAAGUGUCCCAAGCAGCAAAACCCUGAUUGGUUGGUUUUCCUGCUGAUGCAAACCUCCUUAAAUCCUUCCUUGCAAGAGCCAGCUCACCUUUGUUGUUGCUGUUCAUUUUGUAGGAGCUUGGAAGGACUGGAGAUCCCCAACAUUCACAGCCGCAUGUUUGAGAAGCUCACUGAUCUGCAUCACAUGUAAGUCACCCUUUCAGAGCUUCAAAACACAGUGUGGGGCAGCCCCCUGACACAGGGCAGGCGCUCCCUACAAAACAAGCUAGUAGUAGCUGCAAUUUUCUGAGUGGGGCAUGAGCAGGGCAGACUGCAGAACUGCAGGGCUUACCCAGUUUCACUUCACUUCAGAGUAGGGGAGCCCUCCACAUCACCCCAUUUUGCUUGUUAUUUAUUGCUGGCACCCUCCCUAAUAUUUAUAGGGGUGAAAAUGUAAACAUUGGGGCCCAAUGAUCUGGACGUACAAGUAAACUAAAAAAUAAAACAUACAGUGACUCCAUGGCAAUUCCCCGUGAAGUUCCAUGACAAUCUUCCUAUAUGCAUAGAAACACAAGGUGUCAUCAAGAGCUUCAGUUCACAGUGGCCAUGCCACCUGCAGCAUAGGGAACAGCAAGCAUUCCUAGUGGGUGGAGCUUAGGCAAGAGGGGUUUUUUGCCACUUAUUUUUUAUGCAAACCUAAGCCCAAAUCCCCGCAAUGGGGUGAGCUCCCGUUGCUCGGUCCCUGCUCCUGCCAACCUAGCAGUUCGAAAGCACUUCAAAGUGCAAGUAGAUAAAGAGGUACCCCUCCGGUGGGAAGGUAAAUGGCAUUUCCGUGUGCUGCUCUAGUUCGCCAGAAGUGGCUUAGUCAUGCUGGCCACAUGACCCGGAAGCUGUACGCCGGCUCCCUCGGCCAAUAAAGCGAGAUGAGCGCCGCAACCCCAGAGUCGGCUACAACUGGACCUAAUGGUCAGGGGUCCUUUUACCUUUUUAAGCCUAGGGUUUAGGGAGAGGAUGGGUGUGUGUGCCUUCUUCCAUUGUGCACCAAGAGAUAUAAAAAACUUGAGUCAUGCAAUACUUUGCUCCAUCCCUCAUAUCAUUAGGAGAAGGAAAGAAAUGUGUAUAGGGAGGAAUGAGGCAGGGGUUAGUUACCCCAAACUUCAUCAGAAACCAGGAAGGUUUCUCAUAGAAUCAUGGUUGGAAGGUACCCCCAGGGAUUCACAGCUUCUCAUCAUUAAGUGCUGAUCAGCAAGGGAAUUCUCACAAAAGUGUUUCUUGCAUGGUUGAGGCCAGGUGAAUUCAAUCUUCUAGCUGCAAUUAAUAAAUGCAAUUAGCAACACCACCACUAAUAAUAAUAUUUGCAUUGGGUGAGAAGACUACCUCCCACCCCCUCGACUCUAAAUCUCCUCCUCCGUGGCAGCUACUUCAAGAAGUUCCAGUAUUGCAGUUUUGCACCCCACGUCCGCAGCUGCAAGCCCAACACCGACGGCAUCUCCUCCUUUGAGAACCUCCUGGCCAGCGGCAUCCUCCGAGUCUUUGUCUGGGUCGUUGCCUUCAUCACCUGUUUGGGGAACCUCUUCGUCAUCCUCACCAGGUCCUUCAUCACCACGGAAAACAGCAACCACGCCUUGGCCAUCAAAUCUCUCUGCUGUAAGCUUGGAAGGGAGGGAGAGGGGAAGUCAAGUUGGGAAGUGUCAUCUAGUCCAGCUGGCUGCAACUCUUUGAGCUAACAUCAGGCUGAAGAAGAGCAGGGCAGGGGUAGUUUGACAGGCACCCGACCGUCUCCUCCUUGCCUCUCCUGCAGGUGCCGACUGCCUGAUGGGCAUCUACCUCUUCUUCCUCGGAGCUUUUGACCUCAGGUUCUCUGGAGAGUACAACCAGCACGCCCAAGCCUGGAUGGCGAGCUCAGCGUGCCAGCUGGUGGGCAGCCUGGCCAUGCUCUCCUCCGAAGUCUCGGUGUUCCAGCUGACCUACAUGACCCUGGAGAAAUCCUUCUCCGUCGUCUUCCCCUUCAGCCACCACAGGGCCAGCAAGAAGUGGACUCUCUCUACCCUGGCGGUCAUCUGGCUCCUGGGCUUCUCCCUGACUCUGGUGCCCUUUCUGUGCAAGGAGUCCUUCGGGACGUAUUACGGGAGGAACGGCGUGUGCUUUCCACUCCAGUCCGAUGGGACAGAGCGCCACGGGGCUCGGGUUUAUUCCACAGGGAUAUUCCUGGGUAAGCACUCCUCACUCAGCUGGAGAGCUUUACGGAUUUGGAGGGAGGGGUGGGGGGGUGCCUAUGCUGAAGUGUUCUAUGCAACUUUUGUUAAGGAUAAUGGUUGAAUUUCCUGAAAUGGGAAUGUUUCCUUAUGUUAAAUUUCCUUUGGCAGUAGCUCUCAUGUGAUUGGUUGGCUGUGAGUCACGUGAGAGAGCUAUUCCAUUCUGUUGUGACUGUUAUUCAAGUAACUCUGGUUUUUAACUGUCUUCUCUCUCUACGUGUUUGAGGGAGAAUGGUUGCUGAGAGAAGUUUCUCUGGAUACUGCUGAGGACAAUGUGUGUUUCAGUGUGAUCUGUCUGAUGUGAAACAGACAGAGGAAGAUCCCUAAACAUUAAUAGGGAAAAACCUGGCAGGAGCUCUCUAUAAGGAACAAAGUGAAUACGAAUGAGAAUAUUGUAAAUAUAUUCUUCACAGUUACAUGUUUAUGAAAGCAAAGGUUUUUUUUUACAAGUCAGAUGUCAGUCAACGUGCUCCCAGAUUUAAAACAUGUUUCAACUUUAGUAGCCCUGAGUGGCGUCUGCAGAAUUCAGAGCCUAUUAAGACUUCUCUUAUCCCUUCUGCCCAACAGGUCUGAACCUGGUUGCCUUUGCCAUCAUUGUGCUGGCCUACGCGAGCAUGUUCUAUUCCAUCCACACCACAGCAGCCAGGAUAGGCGAGCGCAGCGCUGUCUCUGUGGAGGUGGCCCUAGCCAAGAGAUUCUUCUUCAUUGUUUUCACCAAUGCUCUUUGCUGGAUCCCCAUCUUCCUCCUCAAGCUGCUUUCGUUGCUGGACCUGGACAUUCCAGGUAGAUGCCUUGACCUUACUCAUCUUAGAAGCAUAGAGGUGUAACUGGGAAGGGACCCCUAUGGGUCAUCUAGUCCAGCCCCCUGCAAUGCAAGAACUGCAGCUAUAGAAUCCCUGAAAGAUGGCCACCCAGCCUCUGCUUAAAAACUUCCAAUGAAAGAGUCCAUCACCUUCCAAGGGAGUCUGUUCCACAUCUCUGUCAGGAAGUUCUUCCUAAUGUUUAGUCGGAGGACAGUUAAGUGUUCAAAGCCCUAAACGACUCAAGCCCCAAAUACCUGAAAGGCCACAUCCUUCCUACAGAUCCUCUCGGGUGCUGAGAUCAGCAGAGGAGGCUCUCUUGCUAGCUUCUCCGCCCUUAAAGGCUCAGGAGGUGGCAGUCGAGGAGAGAGUCUUCUUUGUGGCAGCCCCUAAGCUGUGCAAUUCCCUCCCCCCAGAGGUGUACCUGGCACCUUCAUCGUACAGCUUUUGGAGGAUGCUGAAAACACACCUCUUUACCCUGGACUUUGACAUUUGAGGCGCACAUUUUAAGACCCACCUUCUGUUUGUAAGCUGUUUUUAAUGUUGUGUUGUAAUGUUGUGAGACUCCCUGGGACCACAGGGUGCAAGGCGGGUGAUUAUAUUAAUACAAACUCCUCUUUCUGGACAGGCACUGUGACCUCUUGGGUGGUCAUCUUCAUCCUCCCCAUCAACAGCGCUCUGAACCCGAUCCUCUACACCAUCACCACCACCUCCUUCCAGGAGAAGCUCAAGCAGUGUCUUCAGAAGAACAAGCCAUCUCUGCAGGAUACGCAAGGGAAGAGCUUUGUCUUGUUAACCGUCCACAGCAGCACCUGA